UGAACGUGUCUAUGACCAGACCACAGUGAAGUGGGACUGUCCUGCUCUCAGCGCGGACUCCGCCCAGACCACCUCUCUCACGCUCCCAUUGGGCAGCCGAGACUGUCACUCACCAGGAAAGCCCCGCCCACAGCCCUCCCCCGGGCGCGGAAGCCCCUCCCUCUCCGGCACAGGACCCUCCCCUUUCCCCGGCAACCCCGCCUCCGCCGCAAGCCCCUCCCCGGCGGGCUCCGGCCCCGCCCCCCUGCAGGCCCGCGGCCGGGACAUGGCCUCCCCGAAGAUGGGGGUGUCCGCCACCUCCUCCUCCGCCCGGCCCAGCUCCCCCAGGCACCCGGGGAGCCCCAGCCCGACCCCGGAGGGGCUGCCCAGCCCCGUCACCCCGGCCCCCAGCCCCAGCCAGGGCCGGGCGCCCCUCAGCAUCGCCAUCAUCCUGGAGGAGCUGCGGGUUCUGCAGCAGAGGCAGAUCUACCAGAUGCAGAUGACGGAGGAGAUCUGUAAGCAGGUGCUGCAGCUGGGGGGCGCCGAGAGCUGCUCCUCCUCUCCCCCGCCCUGCCUGCCCCAGCUGUGCCUGGAGGGGGGCGCCGCCGCCCCCCCCGGCCCCCUGCCGUCCCCUCACCCCUGCCCCUCGCCCCUGCUGGCCUGUUUCCCCUCCCUCCUGCCCUCCCUGCUGCCCCCCUCGCUCUCCAGCCACCCCAAGAUCAAGCCCCCCCAGAGCCUGGCCCACAUCCUGCGGCCCCUGAAGCCGCCGUACCCCGGGAACGC